AUGUCUAUUAAACUAUCAACACUGGCUCCAUUUGUAGUCCCUGGACAGCCGACCAACUUCCAGGUUGGUGAGGUGUCAGACACGAGUGUUGAGCUAACAUGGGAACCGGCCUUCGAGAAGGAGGGAAUCAUCAGUUACGAACUGCAUUACAGAGAGGGCAGGCAGGAAUCUCAGGUAAAGAAAACAUUCGGGCCAACCUCUUCCUAUGUGGUGGAGGGUCUACGUGCAAAUACAGAGUACUUCUUCUCUCUGGCUGCCGUCUCCAACAAAGGCAUUGGAGCCUUCACCAACGAAAUAUCCCAAAGGACAUCCCAAGCCACUCCACCCAGGUUCACAAAAGUACCUGUCGAUAUGAUCGGCGUCUCCGGAGGUGUUGUAUCCUUCGUAUGCCAAGCCACAGGUGACCCCAAGCCAAGAGUAACCUGGAAUAAGAAAGGAAAGAGGGUGAACUCUCAACGCGUCGAGACAGUAAAGUUUGACGAAGGUGCGGGAGCCGUCCUAAGAAUCCAGCCUCUCCAAGCGCCUCGAGACGAGAACAUCUACGAAUGUGUGGCAGAGAACAGCAAAGGCGAAAUCAGUGUCCAGGCUAAGCUGUCAAUUAUCAGAGAGGACCUACUUCCUGCUGGCUUCCCCAACAUCGACAUGGGCCCACAGCUAAAGGUGGUGGAGCGCACGCGCACGGCUACCAUGCUUUGCGCCGCGAGCGGUAACCCCGACCCGGAAAUCACCUGGUUCAAAGACUUCCUCCCCAUCGACCCCAGCACAAGUAAUGGCCGAAUCAAACAGCUCAGAUCAGGUGCUCUGCAGAUAGAAAACACUGAGGAAACCGACCAGGGGAAGUACGAGUGUGUGGCGUCUAAUGUGGAAGGCGUCCGGUACUCUUCCCCUGCCAACCUGUAUGUGCGAGUUCGUCGCGUGCCCCCACGUUUCUCCAUCACGCCCCCCACCAUGCAAGAGAUCAUGCCAGGUGGUAGCAUUAACAUUACUUGCGUCGCCGUUGGCUCGCCCAUGCCCUACGUCAAGUGGAUGCUUAACUCUGAGGACCUCACCCCUGAGGACGAGAUGCCAGUGGGCAGGAACGUUCUGGAGUUAAACGACGUCCAUGAGUCGGCCAACUACACCUGCGUGGCCAUGAGCAGCCUGGGCAUCAUCGAGGCUAAUUCCCAGAUCAUUGUCAAAUCCUGGCCAAAACCUCCAGCUACUCUUGUUGUAACCGAAACUACCGCCACCAGUAUCACCAUCAUCUGGGACAGUGGCAACCCUGAGCCCAUCUCCCAUUACAUCAUCCAGUAUCGCGCCAAAUCUCCCGAGAGCAAGUUCGAGACCGUGGACUCCAUCACCACCACUCGCUACAGCAUUGGAGGACUUUCUUCGAACACCGAUUAUGAGAUCCGGGUGUCAGCCUACAACACCAUUGGCCAAGGCCCGCCUAGUGAACUGGUUGAGGCUAGGACUGUGGAGCAAGCUCCCGCCAACCCACCACGCAACAUCCAGGCACGAAUCAUCUGCCAGAAUACCAUGAUGGUAUGCUGGGAUGAACCCGAGGAGCCCAAUGGACAGAUCAAGGGUUAUCGGGUCUACUACACCAUGGACCCAUCACAGCCCAUGAGCAUGUGGCACAACCACAAUGUACAGGACAUGUACACCAUUCAGAGUCUGGUGGCCACUGAGACCUACACCAUCAGAGUGUUAGCCUUCACGUCCGUAGGAGAUGGACCCUUCUCAGAUCCCAUUCACGUCAAAGUGCUUCAAGGAGAGCCCUCCGCCCCCCCCUCAAGACAUUAAGUGCUCCAGCUCCAGCUCCAGCUGCACCACCCUGCUGGAGAAAUCGACCUCCCUAGCCUUAUUCACUGCAAAGCUUCUUUUCUAGCUAAAUUCUUAAUAUUGACUUUAGCAACACUGUAUAACUUGCUUUCAUAGAUUGAAUCUCGAAUCUUGAAAUGAGAUGGCAAGUAAUGCAUUGAAUUAAACAUGACAUUUUUAAAUAGUAUUUGUUCGUAAAACAUACUCCAAUAAUCCUUCAUAACUUUGAGAAAUAUGUGCCAGUUCAAAAUACACUUAUUUAAGGUACAUCCUCUGAAAACAAGUAGUUAUUUAGGGGGUUUGCGCCUGGAUUUGGCAUACCCGAUUUUAAAUGUUUACUCUACACGCAUACAAAUGGUGUCAUUGUAUAGAAAACACCU